AUGAUCUUUAAAACGCUGGGGGGGUAUAUUGAUUUCUGUGUUCACGUGUAUUGCCUGCGCACCGUCUGCAGUGCCAUCUGGAAUGCCGUUGCGAGGCGCCGCCUCCCUGAGGGGCCAGCCGACGCGGGGAGUCUCCGCGUCUUGGAGACGCCGGAGGAGGUGCAGGGGCUGCUCGCCGGGAAGCGCGUGCUCCACGUCAAGGGGUUCGGCGCGGGCUUCGGGGGUCCCCCGGAGGGACGGAGCGACGUGCAGCAGCGGCAGGAUGAGGUCGCCGUGGUGGCCAUCUCGCGGUUCCGCCCCGACUUUCUGGUGGUCGACGGCGAUCCUUGGAAAGAUGGCUUCCAGCGCUACGUCAAGGCUUACGUGGACAGGCAGGCACGCGCUGGGAAGGCGGUGCCGGGGCUCGUCUGGGUGAAGAACGUCAAGGGGAGCUCGCCCACCCCCGAAGAACGAGACAAGCAUCAGGCGAAGGCCCGCGAGUGGGCCGACCAGGGGCUCCAGGUGACAGUCUCAUGGCUGCCAGAGGCUUCCAUCGCUGAGGGCAUGGAUAAGCUGUUCGGGGCGGACUGCCGGGAGAAGCUGCAGGGGCAGAGGUUUGACUGCAGAGGCGCCGUGAAGCUGCUGCAGGCGGCCGAGCCCGACGGGCCCGAGUGGCUCCGCGGGCUCAAGGGCACCGCGCCUGGGUGCGAGCUCUACCGGGCCAUCGAGACCGUGGAGAGCCGGGCCGAGCAGCAGUUCUUCGAGAAGUGCAGCUUUGAGAUCGCCGCGAAGGGCAACGCGAUAUACCAGCACCUGCGGGGGGCGGGCCAUGCGCCGGCCGCGCAGGGAGUCGUGAGCUUCGGCGGCGGCGAGAGUGUGCUGCUGGAGUUCGCGACUCUCUACCUCUUCCCGGGCUCCGGAUUCGACGCGGGCCGUGCCGCGCUCUUCUCGAUGAUCCUCAGGGCCUGUGUGAGAGCCCGGUGUGUGUGUGUGUGUGUGUGUGUGUGUGUGUGUGUGUGUGUGUGUGUGUGUCUGCCCCGCUCGGCUCCGCCGUCCGCACGCCGCCCGUUGCGGCCCUCAUUGCACCGCCUGCGCCGUGUUGAAGGGCCUCCGUGA